AUGGCCUCCCUCUACGGCAGCGAGGGGGUCAAGUGCUUCAGCGUGGAGUGGGACUUCCUGCAGGGCCUGCUGGUCAAGAACCAGCCGGUGCCCUGGCGGUUGUGCCAUAGAAAAAUCGGAGAUGUCAUCAGGAAAAUGCUCCGGAUUCCACUGUGGAUCAAAGAAUGCGCCCUGUUUGGCAUUCCGCACACGUCUUCUGGUCGGAGAAAUAUGAACGCGCUGCUGACGGAGCUCUUUGAAAAGCACUUAGGGGGCCACAUCCUGCAGUCCCUGGAUGGCUUCGUGUUUGCACUGAAUCAAGAGGGAAAAUUCCUUUACAUCUCCGAGACGGUGUCUAUUUACCUGGGCCUGUCACAGGUAGAGCUGACCGGCAGCAGCAUCUUUGACUACGUCCACCCGGGGGACCACCACGAAGUGGCCGAGCAGCUGGGGCUGAAGGCUCCCCUGGGCCCUGGUCACCCCGCCCACCCCAAAGCCUCUCUCCUGGACUCCUCCGCCUCCUCUGAGGGUCCUCAAUCAGAUCUUUCUAGUUCCCGCACAGCCGAAGGCGAUGGAGCCCCGGAGCGUUCCUUCUUCAUCCGUCUGAAGUCCACUUUGACCAAGAGAGGACUUCACAUCAAGACUUCGGGCUAUAAGGUGAUCCAUGUCACGGGCUGCCUCCGUUCCAGACGACCGUCCCAUCCCCACGGCCACUCAGUGCUGGGCCGGGUGCUGGGACUUGUAGCGCUGGCCCACACCCUGCCGCCCUCCACCCUCAGCGAAGUGCGCAUUGAGUGUCACAUGUUCGUUUUCCGGGUCAACAUGGACCUACAGAUCGUGUACUGUGAGAGCAGGAUCACCGACUACAUGGACUUCUGUCCCUCAGAACUCGUUGGGAAGAGUUGCUAUCGCUUCAUUCAUGGAGAAGACGUGGAGGGGAUCCAGCAAAGCCACCUGGACUUGUUAAACAAGGGGCAGGUGGUCACCCGCUAUUACCGCUGGCUGCAGAAGAGCGGGGGCUUCGUCUGGGUCCAGUCCUGCGCCACCAUCUCGAUCAACGUCAAGAAUCCCUCCGAGAGGAACAUGGUGUGGGUGAACUACAUCCUCAGCAAGCCGGAAUGUAAGAACAUUGCCCUGGAUGUGUUCCAGGUUCCUGGCAUCCCCGCCAGACAGGCAGAAGCGCCCAGCGCGGGAACAGAUUACAAAGGUAAAUGCCCUGGAACGGCCUGCGAGAAGGGGGCCAUCUUUUGACGGUGCCCUGCUGCCAGCAAGCCAGCGGGGACCCUGGCCCAGUCCUACCCCAGGAGCGUGGCCGAAAUGGGUCGGCACUGCCACCUGGUGGAGAGCAAGUCCAGGGGUCCUGAAACCAAAUACCCGGAGGAGGAAGAGGAGGAGGAGGCAUUGGAGGAAGAGGCUGGGAGUGACACAGAGACUCCCCCGAGGAAGCGGAUCAAACUGGAGUUCCCGCCGGAGAGCCCCCCGCCCAAGGGGAAGGGGGAGACCUUGCUGGCUAGCUCCGAGGACUCCGACAGCAGCAGCGAUUCGGACAGCAGCGAUUCGGAGCCUGAGAUGGUCCCCCAACAGACGGGGCCCCUGGCCAGGAAGGUGAAUGGCUGCAAGACCGGCGGACGGAAGACCAUGGUUCCCGGCCGUCCCUGCAUGUCGGAGUUCACCUCGGUCAUCCAGACCCAAAAGGGCGCCUCGCUCAGAGCCAGCCCGGCCCUUAGCAUCAAAUCGGAGCAAGGAUCCCGGGCCAAAGGGGGCCUCUGGACCUGUCCUGGGGGGAAGGGCAGCUCUUUCCCCACAAACAAAGCCGUUCGGCUGGAGAAGCCCCUAGUGAGACAGGCACCCUCACAUUUGUACGUCUCCAUCCCCGACUCCGUGCUCACCCCUCCAGAGAUGGACAGCGGUCCGGUCAAAGGGCCCUUCAGCGCCUCACCCCGGGCGGCUCCGUCCUCCUCAGGGGACACGCUCUCGCCUCCGCUCUCGGGCUCCCCCUGUGAGGACCGGGGCACCGCCACGCCCUUCACCCCACUGAUCUACCCAACGGAGAUGGAAGUUCUCCAGAGGUUCCACACGAGCAACGUGGUCGUCCCCUUGAUGCAUCAGCUCGGCAAUCCGCAUGCCAGCUCCUCGGCGGGCUCCCCGGGACUCUACGCCACGAGCACCAUCCGCUACGCCCCUGCAGACAUGACCCUGGCCAUGCCGAGCAACAUGCUGCCCCCUUCCCACCACCCCCUCAGCCUCAUGGACAUCGGCAGUGCCGAGGCCAAGACCUCGCGGGAGAUCAUGUACCACCACCUGCAGCGACUUAACAUGGUGGCCCCCUUUGGGAACUCGGCUAGUUUAGCCCAGAUUUCGGGAGGGGCCUUUGCUGCCGCUGACUCUUUGUUUUCCACCCUGCCCUUCUCCAUGGCCAGUGGUGGGAUCCACAGUGGGCCAGCUCUGGAACGCAAGGAGGAUUAA